AUGGGGGUGGGCGAGGGCGACGCCGAGGCCGCCCGGACGUCCCGGACGCUGCAGCACCACAGGCACCACUCGGACUCGACGACGGCCUCCGCGGACCGGAGGCUGCACCACACGGACUCCACGUACAAAGUCAAAGUAGUGCAGGACAAGAUGACCCGGUCCGCGCCGCAGAAGGGCCGCUCCAUCACCGUGACUGCGUGCAGCCAGACGGCCCCGAGGCCGCAACGCUGGUCGCUAGGCGGCCCCCCGGAGCUGUUCACCGGCACCGCCAGCACCACGUCGACGUGGGACAUCGUGCUGGGCAGGCCGGCCUCGCCGCCCUCCCCCAAGGCCCCCAAGGCGGCCAGGACGGCGGCCAGGACGGCGGCCAACGGCGUGUCGCGCGUCGCCGCCAACGGCGUCCCCACCGUGUCCCUCGCCACGGAGCAGGCCCACCGGCAGCGGCAGCAGGGCCACCUCCGCAGCGGCAGCUACCCGGAGGGCCCGGAGGGCACGCGCGUCGCCGGCGACGUCCCCAAGCACCGCCUCAGCGACGACCCCGUCUUCCCCGACCACCUCGUCCGCUUCGUGUACCCGGAGCGGGGGUGCCACCACUGCCCCUCCCAGGACGCGGGCGUGCAGGUGGCGGGCCCGCCGCCGCUGCAGCUGUUCGUGCUGCCCCAGCACCGCUGCGGCUGCAGCCGGGGGCGGCGCGGCGGCGUGCUGGCCAGGGGCGGCGUGUGCCUGUGGCUGCUGCAGGCGGUGUUCUGCAUCAGCGGGCUCGCCGUCAUCAUCCUGGUCCUGGCCCUGGUGGGCGCCGCCGCCUUCCACACCACCGAGGGCCCGCACGAGGACCUGCAGGUGCAGGAGCUCAACAGGGUGCAGGCCGACAUGGUGAUCCAGCUGGCCACGGACCUCCGCGUCGGCGCGCCGGAGGACGUCCGGUGGCGGGGGCUCAUCGAGCGCUCCGUCGAGCAGCACGAGCAGAUGCUGCUGCGCGCCACGGCGGCUGGCUACGGCGAGGGCGGCGCCGGCGAGGGCGGCGCGCGCAUCUGGACCUACCCGGGCGGCCUGCUGUUCGCCGCCUCGCUGCUCACCACCCUGGGCUUCGGCGCGCCGGUGCCGCGGACGCCGCUGGGCCGCCUCGCCGCCGUCGUGCUGGCCGUGGUGGGCAUCCCGCUCAACGUCAUCAUGGCCCUGCAGCUGGGCCGCCUGCUGUGCACCCGCCUGCCGCGCCUGCUGCCCGUGCUCGCGCCCGCCGCCAACAAGCAGGUGGCCGACGACGACCUCUCGGCCUGCUCCUCCUGCUGGCCGGCCUCAGGUGGGUGGACCCUCUCCCUACCUACCCACACCGGCGGUGCACGGCGCGAGGAGGGCGAGGGCGAGGCGCGCGCCGCGUCGCGCUGGGCGGGCUGGGCGCCGAUGCUGCUGCCCGUCGGCUCCCUGCUGGCGUACUACGUGCUGGGCAUGGUGGUGUUCGGCGCGGUGCUGGCGCUGCCCGCCUCCGAGUGGCUCGUGUUCCCGCUGUCGCUGACGGCGGCGGGCGGCGUGGCGCGCGUCCCCGGCUGGGUGCGCGUGUUCUACGCCGCCUACCUGGAGGGCGGCGUGCUGCUAGCCGCCGUGGCAGUGGCGCUGCUGCAGGCCCCCGCCACCACGGCCACCACGGACCUGGCCAUGAGCCUCGGCAUCCUGGACCUCGACGACUACUACAACGCCUAGCCUCGCGCAGCCUCGCGUAGCCCAGCCAUGCUUCCUGCACUGAGAAAACCUUACAAACUAUUUUGGGCCUUACAAAGAAAAGUAGUUUGUAAAACAAAGUAUUUUGAGCAUACGUAAGC